CCUACAAACGCGGCCUUACUAAAGAGCGCUAAACUCCAUUAACGACCUUCACUUCCUUUCACACUUUCCUCUUCAAGAAAUGCUCCCAUAGAGAUUCCUUUCCGCUCCCUCCGCCAAAUCUCCAUUUCCCUCCCGAAUCCAAGCUCCGCCGCAGAAAUGCCGCUCUCAUUUCUGCUCCCACUCCUCCUCUUCUCGCUGCUAUUCGGCGGCGGCGCCACCUCCGGUUCCUCCACCGGCGCCUCGCUGUCCGACUGGAGCGCCGCUCGGGCGACGUACUACCUCGCAUCCGACCCGCGGGACAACGUCGGCGGGGCCUGCGGCUACGGCGACCUGGUCCGGGCCGGAUACGGGAUGGCCACGGUCGGGCUCAGCGAGUCGCUGUUCGAGCGCGGCCAGAUCUGCGGCGCGUGCUUCGAGCUCCGCUGCGUCGACGACCUCCGCUGGUGCAUACCGGGGACUUCGAUUAUCCUCGCGGUGACGAAUUUCUGCCCUCCCAAUUACGGGUUUCCUUCCGACGGCGGGGGACACUGCAAUCCUCCCAACAAGCACUUCGUUCUCCCCAUCGAAGCUUUCGAGAAGAUCGCCAUCUGGAAGGUCGGCAUCAUGCCUGUUCAGUACCGGAGAAUCAAAUGCCGGAGAGAAGGGGGGAUAAGAUUCCAGGUCUCUGGAUCGAGCAUCUUCAUCUCGGUGCUGAUCACCAAUGUGGCCGGAGCUGGGGACGUCACUGCGGUGAAGAUAAAGGGUUCGAGGACCGGGUGGCUUCCGAUGGGCAGGAAUUGGGGACAGAAUUGGCAUGUAAAUGCUGACUUGAGAAACCAGCCAUUGUCGUUUGAGGUCACUAGUAGUGAUGGCCAGACGAUUGCCUCUUACAAUGUUGCCCCUAAAGACUGGAACUUUGGGCAGACUUUUGAAGGUAAUACUCGCAUCUACCACAAGUCUUGCUUCCGUUGCCACCACUGUAACAACACCCUUAAGCUGAGCAACUUCUGUUCAUUCGAGGGAGUUCUGUACUGCAGGCCUCACUUUGACCAGCUCUUCAAAAGAACUGGCAGCCUCGACAAGAGCUUUGAAGGAACUCCUAAAGUUACCAAGCCUGAAAGAUCCAUUGACAGCGAGAACGCGAGCAAGGUGUCAAACAUGUUCGCGGGAACAAAAGAGAAGUGCAAGCAGUGCACAAAAACUGUGUACCCAAUUGAGAGGGUGACAGUGAAUGGAACAUGGUACCAUAGGAAGUGCUUCAGGUGCUCAUAUGGAGGAUGCACGAUCAGCCCAUCAAACUACAUUGCACAUGAAGGGGUGUUGUACUGCAAGCACCACCAUAUCCAACUCUUCAAGGAGAAGGGCAACUACAGCCAGCUCGAGAGCGAUAACGACGAGGAUCAACUCCCGGUUGGCCCGAAAACACUGGCUCCAGGGAUUGCUGCUGCUUGAUUUGAAUGGUUGGGUUUUGAUGGGUUGAUGUUGUUGUGGGGGUGAUUUAGGGUUGGCCAUUGCUAGUAGGUGGAAACUUUUGUGUUUUCUUUUUUGGAAUUGGAAACACUCUGAAGAUGGUUGUAAUGUGUAGGCAAGUUGAUUGGCCAUAUAGUACCUAUGUUUUUCAACCUUAAAGAAAUAAACUAAAAAUUGUCUCAAUGUGUUUGUUCACUUGCUUUGUUUUGUUUGCUAUACGACUAACUUAUUGUUUCGAGUUAGACAAUAUUAUGAUUCAAGUUUAUGAUAUAUUCGGUGCUCUUGAUUUGUGGCGUACAC